AUGAUAGUGCUGAUUGGUAGCGUUGCUGAUACUGGUGGUGGUGGUGGUGAUGAUGGUGGUGAUACUGGUGAUGCUGGUGGGGGUGUUGGUGGUGAUGGCGUGGCUCAAAAGAGUGUUACUCUUGCUCCCUCUGCCUUCUUCCUUCUUCCUUCGAUGUUGUUCG